AUGCCGGAAAACACCGCGUGGUGGAAGGAAUCCACCGUCUACCAGAUCUAUCCCUCCUCCUUCAAGGAUUCCAACGGCGAUGGCAUUGGCGACAUCCCAGGCAUCAUCUCCGAGCUGGACUACCUCCAGAAGCUCGGCGUAGACCUCGUAUGGCUCUCUCCCAUCCUUCAGUCGCCGCAGGUCGACAUGGGAUAUGACGUGUCCGAUUACUAUGCGAUCCACCCCCCGUACGGAACGAUGGAGGAUGUCGACAAUCUCAUCAAGGGGCUCAAUGCGCGCGGCAUGAAGUAUAUCAUGGAUCUUGUCGUGAACCACACGUCCGAUCAGCACGAAUGGUUCAAACAGUCCCGAUCCUCCAAGGAGAACCCGUAUCGCGACUGGUACAUCUGGAAGCCUCCCCGGUACGACGAGCACGGCAAUCGCCAGCCGCCGAAUAACUGGAUCGCGGCUUUCGAAGGCUCCGCGUGGGAAUACGACGAAGCGACCGACGAGUACUACCUCCACCUCUUCGCCGUCGAGCAGCCCGAUCUGAACUGGGAGAACCCCAAGGUCCGCGCCGCCGUCCACGACAUCAUGCGAUACUGGCUGGACAAGGGCGUCAGCGGAUUCCGCAUGGAUGUCAUCAACAUGAUCAGCAAGGACCAGUCCUUCCCCGACGCGCCCAUCACCAACCCCAACUCGCCGUGGCAGCACGGUGCCCAGUUCUACUGCAACGGGCCCCGAAUCCACGAGUUCCUGCAGGAUCUGGGCAAGAUCCUCAAGGAAUACGACGCCUUCUCGGUCGGUGAGAUGCCCAACGUGUACGACCCGGCGGAGAUUGUCAAGUGCGUUGGCUUUGACCGGGGCGAACUGGCCAUGGCGUUCCAGUUUGAGAUCAUGGAUCUCGACCAGCCUGCCCCGACCAAGUUCCUGCCCAAGAAGUGGGAGAUGUCCGCGCUCAAGGAGGUCGUCUCCCGCUGGCAGACUUUCAUGUACGAGAAUGACGGCUGGAAUGCCCUCUAUCUCGAAAACCACGACCAGGGGAGGAGCAUUUGCCGCUUUGCCUCGCCCAAGCCCGAGUUCCGCGCCUACUCAGCGAAGAUGCUGGCCACCUUCCUGGGUCUGCAGAGCGGCACUCCAUUCGUCUACCAGGGCCAGGAGUUGGGGUUGGCAAAUGUUCCAGACAGCUGGGGGAUUGACAAGUUCAGGGACCUUGAGACUCUAAACUAUUGGAAGGACGAAAUACUGCAACACCACGCCCAGGACACAGAGUACCAGGAGAUGACCAUGAAGGAAAUCCGCCUGAAAUCCCGGGACAACGGACGCCUACCCAUGCAAUGGAACAAGGAGAAGUUUGCAGGUUUCACCACUGGCACCGAGCCUUGGAUUGGUGUCAAUGAGGAUUACGAAGAGUGGAAUGCGGCUGCCCAGGUUGGCAACCCUGACAGUGUCUUUGAAUACUGGGCGCAGAUCCUCCGCCUGCGCAAGAAGUAUAAGAAUCUCUUCGCAUAUGGAUCAUAUAAAUUGAUCGACGAACCCAAUCAGGAUCUUUUCGCCUAUCUGAGAGCAUAUGGUGACCAGACCGCCCUGAUCCUGACAAACUUCACCGAAAAGGAGGUCGGCUGGACCGUCCCAUCUGAAGUCGUCCCCAUUCUCAAAGGUGGUACCCUGCUCGUGGAAAAUCGUAACCACGACCGCUCCAUCAGCUCCGAUGGUACAAUUACUGUCCAGCCCUUGGAAGCCUUUGCGGUCCUCCUGAACAAAUCAAGUGUCUAA